GGAGGGAGGAAAGGGGGGCGGGGGGGCUGCGUACGCGACGGAGCGGGGUGCGAAGAUGGCGGACGAGGAGGCCGAGCGGGAAAGCGGCGGCCCGGGCGGCGACCUCCUGGAGCUGCGGCGCCUGCGGGAGCGGCUGCUGGAGCUAGAGACGGGGCUGCGGGAGAGCCGCGAGCCGGCCGUGCAGGCGGCCACCGAGUACUGCAAGCAGCUCUGCCAGACUUUGUUGGAAUAUGCAGAAAAGUGGAAGACAUCAGAAGAUCCUCUGCCUCUGCUGGAGGUGUACACAGUGGCCAUCCGAAGUUAUGUUAAAGCACGACCUUACCUUACCUCUGAGUGUGAAAACGUAGCCUUUGUGCUUGAACGUUUAGCACUAAGCUGUAUUGAACUUCUACUGUGUCUGCCUCUGGACUUACCUGAAAAUAAAUGGGAAGAAUUUCAGGCUUUUGUACAGGUGGCUCAUAAAAACUUGAUGGAAAAUGGCAGCCAGGAACUGCACAUUUUAACAACACUUACACAAGAGAAGGGAGUGUGGAAGAACCCAGUAUUGUGUGCUAUUCUGUCCCAGGAACAGCUGGACCCAGAUAAAGUGAAUGAAUUUUUGCUGUCAGAAGGCCCGGUCCUGCUGGAUAUGCGUAUUAAGCACCUAAUGAAAACAAAGCAAUUAACGCAAGCUACUGCCCUGGCAAAACUCUGCUCUGACCAUCCAGAAAUCAGUGCAAAAGGCAAUUUCAAACAAACAUACUUGGUCUGUCUUUGUUCAGGGUCACCAAAUGAAAGGCUAAUGGAAGAAAUUGCAGAAGUAGAUUGCAAAGAUGCUCUAGAAAUGAUCUGUAACCUUGAAUCUGAUGGAGAUGAAAAAAGUGCUCUAAUUCUAUGUGCAGCAUUUCUAUCUCGCCAGCUGCAGCAAGGGGAGAUGUACUGUGCCUGGGAACUGACUCUUUUCUGGAGUAAACUGCAGCAAAGGGUAGAGCCUUCUAUUCAAGUGUAUCUAGAGAGAUGUCGUCAACUUUCUGUGUUAACUAAGACUGUUUAUCACAUUUUCUUCCUGAUUAAAGUAAUUAAUUCAGAGAUUGAUGGUGCUGGACUUGCAACCUGCAUUGAACUGUGUGUGAAAGCACUGCGCUUGGAAUCCAGUGAAAAUGUAGAUGUCAAGAUAUCUAUUUGCAAGACUAUCUCCUGCUUACUUCCAGAUGAUUUGGAGGUGAAACGUGCUUGUCAGCUGAGUGAAUUUCUUCUGGAACCCACUGUGGAUGCAUAUUAUGCUGUUGAAAUGCUAUAUAAUCAGCCUGACCAGAAGUAUGAUGAAGAGAAUCUUCCAAUACCAAAUUCUUUGCGCUGUGAGCUCUUACUUGUACUGAAAACUCAGUGGCCUUUUGAUCCAGAGUUCUGGGACUGGAAAACUCUAAAGCGUCAGUGUCUGGCACUUAUGGGGGAGGAGGCAUCCAUCGUGUCAUCCAUAGAUGAACUAAAUGAUAGUGAAGUUUAUGAGAAGGCUGAGGAUGGCCAAGAAGACAGUAAAGAAACUUCUCUGAAUGGGCUUGCUGGCAUUGAUGAGGCUACCAGCCUUCUUAGGGGUAUCAGAGAUGAAAAGCAGAAGAAGAGAGAAAUCAAAAAACUCAGAGAGAGGGGGUUCAUAUCAGCUAGAUUUAGGAACUGGCAAGCUUACAUGCAGUAUUGUGUGUUAUGUGACAAGGAAUUCCUAGGUCACAGAAUAGUUAGACAUGCACAGAAACAUUAUAAAGAUGGAAUUUACAGUUGCCCUAUUUGUGCCCAGAAUUUUAAUUCUAAAGAAAACUUUGUUCCCCAUGUAACUUUGCAUGUGAAAAAAUCUAGCAAAGAGAGGUUGGCUGCUAUGAAACCACUGAGGCGACUGGGAAGACCUCCUAAAAUAACAACUGCCAGUGAGAAUCAGAAAACUAAUUCUGUAUCCAAACAGGAGCAGCGACCCAUUAAGAAGAACAGUCUCUAUUCAACAGACUUCAUUGUGUUUAAUGAUAACGAUGGCUCGGAUGAUGAAAACGAUGACAAAGAUAAACCUUACAUACCAGAGAUAGUGCCAGUUCAAAAGCCACCUCCUGUUAAUGAAUUCACCUGCCCUGUAACACUUUGUAAAAAAGGCUUUAAAUAUUUUAAAAAUCUUAUAGCACACGCAAAGGGCCAUAAAGAUAAUGAAGAAGCUAAACGUUUUCUUGAAAUGCAGAGCAAAAAAGUGAUUUGCCAGUACUGUAGACGACAUUUUGUAAGUGUUACUCACCUGAACGAUCAUUUACAAAUGCACUGUGGCAGCAAGCCUUACAUCUGCAUACAGAUGAAAUGUAAGGCUGGCUUUAACAGUUACGCAGAGCUGCUGACCCAUAGGAGAGAGCAUCAAGUCUUCAGAGCUAAGUGUAUGUUUCCCAAAUGUGGCAGAGUGUUUUCUGAGGCCUAUUUGCUCUAUGAUCAUGAAGCACAACACUAUAAUACCUAUACCUGCAGAGUCACAGGCUGUGGGAAGGUGUACCGCUCACAGAAUGAACUGGAAAAGCAUGUUGAGGAUCACAACAGGCAGCCUGAAAAAGAAGAGCAACCUGAAAACCAAACUAAUCAGCCUGAUCUUGGUCAGCCUUCUAAAGCUAAUGAAAGUACUGAUGGAGUUGCAAUUAAAGAGGAAUUGACAACCCCUCCAGCUGAAAACCGAAGCAGUUUAAUUGAAGGAGAAAACGUCUGGAACCAAAUCAAAGCAGAACCACUAGGGAAUGAAAGUGUAAAUGCAUCAGUGAGCGUACUGCAGCAAAGCAAUUCCUUGCCUAAUGCUGGUUCAGAGCAGUCUCCUAUGGGUUCAAUAAAGACAGAAGAAACAGCCCCAGCAGGCAGCAUUAAGCUGUCUGUUGUUAACCAGAAGAUCCGAGAUAACUUUUUAAAAAGAGGUAAAUUGGCUGCUACUGCCAAUAGAGUAGAUACUAGUAAACCUGGAGUCCAGCAGUUGUGCCACUCAGUUGACUCUUGUCUUCCAGUUUUCCAAGAGAGAAAGGAGGAAGGCUGUCUUAGUCAGACUCACAAUAUUCAAACUGUUUCUGUGACCUCAGACACAUUAAAACCAGAAGCCCUUGAAUCAAAAAGCUUAGAAAGACAAGUGAGCAUUGUAAAUCCAUUCGGCAUGCAGAAUCAGACAGGGUAUCGCAACGGUGUACCCAUUUCCAGACUUGAAAUUGAAGACAGUAUUAAAGCUGCAGCUAAUCUAUAUAACCUGCCUUUAAAAACUUUAGAAAGUAUUACAUUGAUUCCAUCACAGCCUAUCAUAAAUAGCUCUUUAGUUCCAGCUGUGUCACCAGCAGCCCCAGUUCAGAAAUUUAAUUGUCAGGUUGAGGGGUGUACUCGAACGUACAAUUCAUCACAGAGCAUUGGCAAACACAUGAAAGCAGCACACCCUGAUGAAUAUGCAGCUUUUAAAAUGCAGCGCAGAAAUAAGAAACCGCGAAAAUCCAGCAAUCUGCAAAAUGUGCCGAAUGAUGGGAAGAUUGUAUAUCUUACACCGUCAUCUCAAGUGGGCAAUCCCAACGGUGCUGCUUUUACGGCACAGAACAAAUCAAAUUUGAAUCCUGCCUGUUCCAGUCAAGUGCAGCAUGUCUCAAGUACUGUUUUCCCAACCCACAUGGAAAAUCUAGCAAAUCCUAUGUUGCCUGUAGUGGAAAGUGUCAUAAAUCCAAAUUUGUCUACUCGUAUUAAAAGUGAGCCUGAGAGUGUUUUGUGUUCACCAAUGGAAAAUUUGUCUGCUGCAACCUUACCUUCACAGUUGGAUGAUCUGGCAAAAACAGUUAUGCCUCUGAAUGUUGAUGGUGGUUCCGAUCCUUUUCUUCCUUUGCCUGCAGAAAAUGGUCCAAUGUCUCUCUUUCCUUCGUCAGCGGAGAAUCCUCCAAAUUCAGUCUUCUCACAACUGGAAAAUAACACAAAUAGCUUUUCUUUGCAACUAGAAGGAAACACUAGUUCUACCUUCCCAAAAGAGGAAAGUGUUGAUCAAAUAUUUCCCUCACAAUUGAGUAAUGAAAAUAACUUCAAUGAAACUAGUUCUCAGCAUCCAGCUUCAGAAAAGGUAAAAAAAGAUCGUGGCAGGGGCUCAAAUGGGAAAGAAAGAAAGCCAAAACAUAACAAGCGGGCAAAGUGGCCAGCAAUAAUUAGAGAUGGCAAAUUUAUCUGUAGCAGGUGUUUCAGAGUUUUUACUAAUCCUAGAUCACUUGGUGGUCACUUAUCUAAGAGAUCUUAUUGUAAGCCUCUUGAAGAAUCAGAAAUUUCUCCAGAAGCUCUGCAGGCUAAUGGACAAUCUUUGCUUGCCAGUAUGAUUCUUUCUUCAAAUUCAUUAAACUUGCAACAACCCCAGGAGUCUGCCUUCAAUCCAGAGACAUGUUUCAAAGAUCCAUCAUUCCUCCAGUUACUUGCAGCUGAAAAUCGUUCCACACUGCAGACUAUGUUUCCACGGGCCAAUGUGACUAACUUUAAUACCAGUGGGAAUGAGGAAGGUAAUCAAAUCAUAAAACAAGCCUUGGAAACUGCAGGCAUCCCAAGUAGCUUUGAUAACACAGAAGUACUUCCAUGUGUGGUUCCAACAAGUUGUGUCUCUGGUACAACUCAGUUAAAUGCAGCUGUUCUCCCCAACUCAGCCGCACCCUCUCUGCUGCAGACAGUCUGUAACCCCAGUACCCUGCUGACAGACCAAAACAGGACCCUCAAUGCCAAAAUUCCUCCACUAAAUGAAUGCAAGAGUUUGCCUGUUUUUGCAACAGAGGACUUAAUGCUAAAGACCAUUGAAAAUGGCUUGUGUCCUAGCUCAUAUUCUAACACUGUUGCAGCAGCGCAAAACUUCGCAGGGAACAGUUCACGAGUUUCAGUUAUAAGUAGUCCCAAGAAUUCGGGAUCAAGCAGCUUGAAUAAGAAGGGAACCAGCUCUUCAAAGAGGAAGAGAAAAACACCUACGCCCCUGCUUGUGCCCAAUACCUCACAGAAAUUAGCAGUAAACAAUGCCACAGUAAUGGGACUUCUAACCAAAAGCACUGAAGGAAGCAUGCAAAUACAGGGAGAAAGUUUUCAGUCCAACUUGCUGGCAAAUUGUGGCUCUCAAGCUGUGGUGGAAAACCUUGCACAGAAACUCAGUAAUGUUGACAAUCAGUUAUUCAUGGCCAGUAUCAAAGAGAAUUUCAAAACAAAUCUUGAGGCUCAUACAGUUCUGCCCCCUUUAACAGUAAAAACUGAAAAUGGGGAUUCCCAAAUGAUGGCUGCAAAUUCUUGUGUGCAGGCAAAUUCGGAAGAACAGAUUUCACAGAACAGUGUCAUGCAGAAUUUUGAAAAAACCCUGGAAAUAAUUAAAACGGCUAUGAAUUCACAGAUGCUUGAGGUAAAAACUGAAAUUCAGGAUCCUGUUAUUGCUUCAGGACAGAACUUGCUAGUGAAUAACACCCAGGUUGCUUCAGAAAGUUCUUCACACAGUGUAAAACUACCCAGCUCUACACAGUUUGCUGUGCGCACAGGGAAUGUUACUGCUGCAAAGGGUACCUCUGCUCAGUCCGAGAUAUCUCAAAAGGAUGAUACUCAAAUGUCACAAAUUUUGGAAGGCUUGCAAAAGCUGAAGCUAGAAGAUGAUUCUCCCAUUCCCAUCUCUGAGACUGUUUCUCAAUGUCCUCCAGCAGAUAAGCUAGCACCAGCAGUUCCUGUUGUAUCAGUUGAAAAUAAACCCCUUAUCCAGCUGUCUCCAGAGGCAAGUAACAUUCAGUUUAGUGAUAGAGUUAAUAAACCUUUUGUAUGUCAGAAUCCUGGCUGCAAUUACAGUGCUAUGACAAAAGAUGCAUUAUUUAAACACUAUGGCAAGAUCCAUCAGUACACUGCAGAAAUGAUAUUAGAAAUAAAGAAACAUCAACUGAAGUAUGCCCCAUUCAAAUGUGUUGUAGCUACCUGUCCAAAAACAUUCACAAGAAACUCUAAUCUCCGAGCACACUGUCAGCUUGUACAUCAUUUUACAACAGAGGAGAUGGUAAAAUUAAAAAUUAAGAGGCCUUAUGGCAGAAGAUCUCAAAAUGAAACUAUAAAUACAGCCCCACAACCUGUUGAAAUAAAAACUGUGCAGGCACUAGUAAUAGAAAACAAAUCUGUAGCUCCAUUGGUCAAAGAAACUCAGAUAAAGGAAGUUGUAGAGCCUGUAAAAGUAUUGGAAAAACUUCUACCAGAAAAUAAUAUUCCUGAAAGACUGGAAAAACCUCCCCAGAUGGUUUCUGUUCCACUGGAGCAGCACAAUCCAGCAUCUUUUGAUAGCACGCAGGAACAAGCCAAAGUACGCAAGGUUAGGAAGCACAGGAAGGAGAAAGAGGAGAGGAAUGGUAGGAAGCCCGCAACAAAAUCUCUGGAGUUUCCCACUAGAUACAGCCCGUACAGACCAUACCGGUGCGUCCAUCAGGGCUGCUUUGCGGCUUUCACAAUACAACAAAACCUAAUUCUUCAUUACCAAGCUGUGCACAAAUCUGACCUCCCUGCUUUCUCUGCUGAGCUGGAGGAGGAGAAUGAGCAAGGCAAAGAGGAACGCGAGGAGGUGGAAACCAAACCUGCUGUCAGAGAGUUCAGGUGUGAGGUGAGUGACUGCUCUCGCAUCUUCCAGGAAGUUACCAGCUUGAUACAGCAUUAUAUGAAGCUUCAUGACAUGACCCCAGAGCAAAUUGGAAACAUGAAAUCAGCCCCGGAGGUGGGAAGGUUUUUUUGUGACCAGUCUCAGUGUAAGUCUUCGUUUACAGCAUAUCUUAACUAUGUUGUGCAUCUUGAGACGGAUCACAGUGUUGAGAUAAAGCCAAACAAAGUAGAAGAUGAUGGUAUGUUCAAGUGUGACUGUGAAGGCUGUGACCGUAUUUAUGCUACUAGGUCUAACCUCUUGAGGCAUAUUUUUAACAAACAUAAUGACAGGCAUAAAGAUCAUCUCAUAAGACCCAGGAGACUGACACCAGGCCAGGAAAACAUUUCAAGCAAAGCGAAUCAGGAGAAACCGUUGAAAUCUAAACAGAGAGGACUCAAAAACAGAUCGGGGAAAGAAGGUAAUAGACUGUCAGUGAAAACAAAACGAAAGAAAAACAUGAACUUGGAAAACAAAAACUCAAAAGGAAUACAGGUUCAGGAAAAUAAGGCUUAUUCACUGAAACGUGGCAAGUAUGUGUAUUUUAUAAAGACCAGAAACGAAGCCUUAUCGGAAUGUACAAGCAGGUUCAUAACUCAGUAUCCAUGUAUGAUAAAGGGAUGUUCGUCUGUAGUCACAAGUGAAAGUAACAUAAUAAGGCAUUAUAAAUGUCACAAACUGUCCAAAGCUUUUACUUCCCAACACAGGAAUCUUCUUAUUAUAUCUAAAAAACACUCUGUCUCCCAAGAAAAGGAAGCCUCUUGUGAGCAGGAGGAAACUGAUAAAAAAGCUGAUGUGAAAGAGCCUGAGCCGAGUUUGAUAGCGAGCAAUAAUGAUUCAAGCACAACUACCUUACCACAAAAGGAAACUGAAAAAGGUGAGAAGGAUGAAGUAGAUGAACUGACAGAACUAUUCAGUACUAAACUAAUUAAUGAGGAUUGUUCAACUGCUGAAAAUCAAGCAAAAAUCUCUUCCAGUGUAAAUAGUGACUUACAGGAGACCAGCUCCUGCCCCGCAGAGAAGCAAAAAUCAAACAACCUGAAAAGAGCAAAUAAAGAAAAAAAUGUAUCUCAGAGUAAGAGAAAGAGAGGUGAGAAAACAGAGGAAGCACUGCCCAGUGGCGUGAGUAGCCUGCACAAGGAGGAAGAGACUGCUGUCGGCAUUCAAACGGCCGAAGAGCAACCUGCAGCUUUUGACUGGAGCUCAUUCAAGCCAAUGGGUUUUGAAGUGUCGUUCCUCAAGUUCCUUGAAGAAUCUGCUGUGAAGCAAAAGAAAAACUCUGAAAGAGAAUACCAUAGCGGUGGAACCAAAAAAGGAUCCCAUUCAAACUCGCGGAAAGCCAGUGAGAAGGCCCCCGUAGCGAGUGAUAACGUCACUUGGUCGUGUUCUGAAACUGAAACCCUUGUACCAUUUGCCAACCCAUCACGGCUUCCAUGUGGUGAUAGUAUAAAGAUAGUGUUAGACAAGACUUUUAAAGACUGCACUGAGCGUGUGUUGAAGCAGCUUCAGGAAAUGAAACCUGUUGUCAGUUUGAGAAAGCUCGAAGGACGUUGGGAGGAAGAUCCAGAGGUUAUAGCUGCAAAAGUAAUUGUUUUGGGUACUGAGGAAGGGGAAUCAAAAUACUGAAAACAUAAUGUGUGUAACCAUGACUUGUAACAGAAUUUAUUUUGAAUAGGAAGCCAUCAAGCAUGCUAGUAACUGUGGAGCUCUUUUAUUUUGAAGUGAUUUAAUCUAGCAAAAAACAUGACAUGAGUCAUGUAAAUGUCUUAUUUGUUUUUAUCCCUAUGGGACUUGAAGAAAGUAAUUGCUUCAGUUUUGUAAAUACUUGAUCAAGACCUCAACUUUCUAUCAAAUUGUCCUUUCCAUAAACUAAAUCUUUGUGAGUUGUCUGUGAUUGGUAUCUUUCACCAGGUUACUUCUCAUGUAUAACAGUUUUCUUUAUUUGUAGAUACAUUUUUUGUAUAUAUUUAUUAUUGUAAAUCAUUUGCUGCCACCAGCAGUCUGUAAGUCUAAACUAUUAAAUGACACAUUUAUAUUCGGAAUUUUAAUUUGUAACUAAGUGAGCAAGUUUUUAAAACUGUCCUUUAAUCAUUUUAAAUUAAGAAUUUUUGGACUAAACCUAGCUAAGUCUGCCAUAUCCAGUUUAUUUUGCAUAAAACAUUUAUUUACAGAAAAAAAGCUGGAUAAGAUCACAUUUCAUAGGUUAAACGUUACUGACACACUCAUUUUUGUAAAUUUUAACAUCCAGUAUCUAUGGAUGACAUUCAUAUGUAGUUAACACAUAAAUAUAAUAGUUUUCUUAUAGCUACAUUUUUCAUUGCUUUCAAUUGGUUACAAAGCAUUUAUGAUUCCAUAAUAAAAAUGGAAAUGUGAAUAAAAAUAGUUUGCUACAUUGAAGAUUUAAAACAAUAUUUGGUAUUAAAGAAUCCGUUGUGAAUGUGAUAGAAAAUUAGUAGUGUGGAGCAGUGUAUAUAUUUGAGGUGGUGAUUUGUGAAGUAGCCCAGUAUUGCCUUAAAUAAAAACACAUUUCAUUUCUUGUUUUAUA